AUGUCUAAUAACGACGCUACAAACAACUUGAAGAAGUAUUUAGAGAGCCAACAACGUAAAUACGAUACAAAUUUUAAAGACAGCAAAGAUAAAUAUUCGGCACCGAGCAUAAAAGGUAGUACAGCGUACGGCGGUUACGAGAAAGGCAACAAGUACGGUGCAUCAAUUGCUCACUAUGAGCUGCAUGCUCAUCAACCCUAUGCAUCCUCGACUUUGAACAACAAUGAUGAAGUUCGUAUCACCAUCCAGAAUCAAAAUUUGUGCAUACUUCCUAGCAAAAGUGCACUCCAUAUUCUCGGAAAGUUUACUAAGAAUGAUAAUACUGCUGUCGUUGCUACCACCAACUUGGUUGAUAUGGGGAUUGUCCACAUGAUUAAAGAAUUCCGUUUACUUAUGAAUGGUGUUGAAGUUGAUCGAAGCAGUAACGUCGGUAUAACAAGCCUGAUGAAAGGUUAUGUAUCAUUUAGUCUAAAUCAGUUAAGUACUUUAGAGAAUGCUGGCUGGGUAAUGGAAGAUAAUGUCAAAUUGAUCAACGCUGCAGGAAAUUUUGACUUAUUGAUUCCGCUGAAUAUUUUGAGUGGUUUUGCUGAAGAUUAUCUGAAAGUUCUCAUGAAUGUUCAGCUAGAGAUAGUUCUUACAAUUUCAAACAGUGCCAUUAAUGCUUACAUACAACAAGCAGCGGCAGGAGCGGAUGCUGAGGAAGUAAAAUUGACUUUACAAAAAAUUGAGUGGAUUGUGCCGUAUGUAACGCUUUCAGACAAAGAGAAAAUUCAAGCAUUAAAUUAUAUUACCAGUGAUCCAGCUAUCUCAAUUAGUCUUCGAACCUGGGAAUUGUAUGAGUAUCUGCUGUUACCAGCAACCUCAAGACACAUUUGGGCUGUCAAAACAUCAACACAACUGGAGAAGCUAUGUUACGUCAUCCUUGGAUUUCAAACAGCAAGAAAAAACGACGCAAGGAAGAACGCUAGUCGAUUUGAUCACUGUGCGCUUCGGAACGUAAAGUUAUUCCUGAACUCACAGAGUUAUCCGUACGGGGAUCUUAAUUUGGACAUAAACGACAAUCAGUAUGCUUUAUUGUAUAAUAUGUACACUGAUUUUGAAUCUUCAUAUUACAAUAAAGAGCCUGAGCCACUGUUGACAAAGCGGAAAUUUCUGCAAGAAGCUCCGCUCUGUGUUAUAGACUGCUCUAAACAGAAUGAGGCUAUUAAAUCUGGACCAGUAGACAUUCGAUUGGAAUUUGAAUCCACAAAUCAAUUUCCACAAAACACAACGGCUUAUUGUUUAAUCAUUCACGAUCGUAUAGUUGAGUAUAAUCCCAUCAGCAGCACUGUACGGAAAUUGACUUGA